CAGCGCGUGUCGAAUCAUCGAUUCAUCGGUUCAGUCAGACCGACGAGAACCGGAGAGGGAGCACACACGCAUACCGGAUCACCGGGACCGGACAGAAACCCGCGGACACACAUAUGUGACAUACGGUCAUAUUUGUCGGUCUUUUGAGAUACGAAAGGGGUUUUUAUCAUGAGUGAAAUAUGAGAUUGAGAGACAUGAGCUCGCGCGCACCGGCCUGAUCGCGCGCCGGGCCGAAUCAAAUUUACCUCAGUGAGAUUAAUCAGCAGUUAUUAUUACAGUUAUAUUAAUCAGCAGUAUUCUUAUAAGAUAUAAGGUGAUAGAUUGUGUUCAAGAGAGCGAGAGGAGGUGUGUGUUACAGUAAACACAGCGAUGGAUUCGGACACAGCCGCAGACUUCACCGUGGAAAACGUGGAAAAGGCCCUGCAUCAGCUCUAUUAUGAUCCCAACAUUGAGAAUAAGAAUCUGGCUCAGAAAUGGCUGAUGCAGGCUCAAGUGUCUCCUCAGGCCUGGCAGUUCUGUUGGGUUUUACUAAGACCAGAGAAGGUUCCAGAGAUCCAAUACUUCGGCGCCAGCGCCCUCCACACCAAGAUCUCCCGCUACUGGGGCGACAUCCCCGCCGAGCAGUACGACACGCUCAAAACCCAGCUGUUUUCUCAGAUCGCUCGCUUCGCCUCCGGCUCUAAGAUCGUCUUGACCCGCCUGUGCGUGGCGCUUGCGUCCCUCGCCCUCAACAUGAUGCCCGAGGCGUGGCCGGGGGCCGUUUCAGAGAUGGUGCGCAUGUUUCAGGAGGAAGGAGGUGAGGUGGACGGGCGUGCCCGCUGUUUGGCCCUGUUGGAGCUCCUCACGGUUCUCCCGGAGGAGUUUCAGACCAGCCGGCUGCCGCAGUAUCGUAAGGGACAGGUGAGGGGUGCAUUGGGCCGCGAGUGGACGGCCGUUUACCCGCUCCUGCAGCAGCUGUUGCGGCAGCCGGACUCUCCGCCGCUGGUGAAGGCCCGUGUGCUCAAGUGUCUUUCGAGCUGGGUUCUGCUGGACGUUCCUCUGAACGAGAGCGAAGGAUUGGUCGAGGCCAGUUUCACGGCGCUGGCGGAUCCGGAGCUGUUCGAUACGGCUGUGGAGGCCAUCGUCAACACCAUCUCACAGCCCGACUCACAGAGGUACGUAAACACUCUCCUGAAGUUGGUCCCACAGGUCCUACAGUUACAGGAACAGUUACGAGACGCUGUACAGAAUGGAGACAUGGAGACGUCACAUGGCAUCUGUCGAAUCGCUGUCUCUCUGGGAGAGAAUCACUCAAGAGCUCUGUUGGAGCAGGUGGAGCAUUGGCAGAGUUUUCUGGCUCUGGUGAAUAUGAUCAUGUUCUGCACGGGCAUCCCUGGUCACUACCCUGUCAACGAGACCACCAGCUCUCUCACACUCACCUUCUGGUACACACUACAGGAUGACAUCAUGUCGUUUGAGGCAGAGAAGCAGGCCGUCUAUCUGCAGGUCUACAGGCCGGUGUAUUUUCAGCUUGUAGAUGUUCUGCUGCACAAAGCGCAGUUCCCCACGGACGAAGAGUAUGCUUCCUGGUCAUCAGAUGAGAAGGAGCAGUUCAGGAUCUACAGGGUGGAUAUAUCUGACACACUGAUGUAUGUGUACGAAAUGCUGGGAGCUGAAUUACUCAGUAACCUGUAUGACAAACUGGGGCGACUCCUCACCAACACAGAGCAAACAACAACAUGGCAGCAUACAGAAGCACUGUUAUACGGGUUCCAGUCCAUCGCCGAAACGAUAGACGUCAACUAUUCUGACGUCAUCCCAGGACUCAUCGGUCUCAUUCCAAGAAUCAACAUAAACAACGUCCAGCUGGCCGACACGGUCAUGUUCACAAUCGGAGCAUUGGCAGAAUGGUUGGCGGAUCAUCCGGUGAUGCUGAGCAGCGUUCUGCCGCUGGUUUUACAGGCGUUGGGCAAUCCAGACCUGUCUGUUUCCAGCGUCUCCACAUUGAAGAAGAUCUGCAGAGAGUGCAAAUACGACCUGCCCCCAUACGCCACCAAUAUAGUCGCUGUUUCACAGGAAGUGCUUAUUAAACAGAUCCACAAGACGAGUCAGUGUAUGUGGUUGAUGCAGGCUCUGGGCUUUCUGUUGUCUGCGCUGCCUGUGGAGGAGAUCUUGAGGAACCUUCACUCUCUGAUCACCCCUUACAUCCAACAACUGGAGAAACUAGCAGAGGAGACGCCAAACCCUUCGAAUAAACUGGCCAUCAUUCACAUCCUCGGUCUGCUGUCCAAUCUCUUCACCACACUGGACAUCACCAAACAGGAGGAGGAGUCAGGAGAGAAUGCUCCGCCCAUCAAAUCAGCCCCGCCCCGGACAGGCCCCAACCCUGUGGUGGUGGUGCUCCAGCAGGUGUUUGCACUGAUACAGACGGUCCUCAGUAAAUGGCUGAAUGACUCGCAAGUUGUGGAGGCGGUGUGUGCAAUUUUUGAGAAGUCUGUGAAAACUCUCCUGCAUGAUUUUGCUCCUAUGGUGUCUCAACUGAGUGAAAUGCUGGGGCAGAUGUACAGCACCAUACCGCAGGCGUCUGCACUCGAUUUAACACGCCAGAUGGUCCAUAUAUUUGCCAGCGAAACGAAUCAUUUCCCCCCAAUCAAAGCGCUGUUUGAGUUGGUCACUUCUGUUACUCUGACCAUCUUCCAGCAAGGGCCCAGGGAUCAUCCUGAUAUUGUUGAUUCAUUUAUGCAACUCCAAGCUCAGGCCCUCAAACGGAAGCCCGAUUUAUUCUUAUCAGAGAGCCUUGAUGUGAAAGCCGUGUUUCACUGUGGAGUCCUGUCACUGAAAUUCCCAGAAGCCCCGACAGUCAAAUCUACCUGCCUUUUCUUUACGGAACUAAUACCGCACUGCGCAGACAUUCCUCCUGUUGGGCAGGUGGUGCAGGAAGAUGGUAAACUCCUCCUGUUGGCUGUACUGGAGGCCAUCGGCGGUCAGUCGUCCCGCAGUCUGAUGGACCAGUUCGCAGAGGUGCUCUUCUGUCUGAACAAGCAUUGCUUUGCUCUGUUGACGGUGUGGCUUAAAGAAGCUCUGCACUCGCCAGGCUUUCCAUCCUCGCGCGUCUCUGAUGAGCAGAAAAACACGUUCAGCCAACAGGUGCUCAGGGAGCGAGUGAACAAGCGCCGAGUCAAAGACAUCGUGAAGGAGUUCACCCUGGUGUGCCGCGGCCUUCACGGAACCGAAUACGCCGCGGACUACUGAGCCGAUGCUCGUAUGGACACAGGGUGCGAGGAAACCCAAAAAGUACAACUCCCAGAAGCCCUCAAAGCGAUGCGAAUGACACCGUGUCAGAACUGACCGUCUGAGAGUCGGGAUCUUCCUCCAACUCGUCCUUCUCGCUCUCUCUCUCUCUUUCAACCACUCUCUCAUUGGAUUUUGGGGUCUCCGUCGGGCGAUCCGAACAGGCGGUGUCCCCGCUCCCCGCAUCUCACAGCAUGUUCGCUGGAAACCGUUCUUUGAUUCUCCCACGUUCGAUCUUCCGUGGCUCUUGGGCUGUUUUCCUUGUGAUAAUUUGCAUCCGUUUGAACGAAGAAAUAGUGUUAGUUAAAUGUUUUUUAUUUUUAUUUUGGAGAUACUGAAAUAAAAAGCAUAUAUAUACACACAUAUAUAUUAAAAUAUAUAUAAAUGCACAUAAUAAUCUAGUAAACCGUGGGGUGACGAGUCCGUGUGCUGCUAACAGAGAGAGGGACCAAUACAGACUGAUUUUUCUCUGUGGCUUUAUAUCUAUCCUCUAUAUCUCUGUCUGUUUAACCCCUCACGCUCGAUUCUGCCAAAAUGUUGUGGACGUUUUUUAAUGAAAUGAUUAUUAGGAUUGUUUUUGAUAUAUGUAUAAUAUAUCAAAGGUCAGCAGCAUAUUUGGUGACAAGUAGAGACCGGGCGUUACACAACGAAUUAGAGAGAGAGAUGUACCCAGUAAACAUGAUAUUAAAGGAAUAGUUUGCCCAAAAAUGGCUGAAAAUUAGCUUAAAAUCUGCUCACACUCAGACCAUCCAAGAUGUAGAUGAGUUUGUUUCUUCUUAGGAACGGAUUUGAAGAAAUGUAUCACUUGCUCAUCAAUGCUCAUCAAUGGAUCCUCUGCAGUGAAUGGGUGCCGCCAGAAUUAGAGUCCAAACAGCUGAUAAAAACAUCACAGUAACCCACAAGUAAUCCACACCACUCCGGUCCAUUAAUUAAUGUCUUGUGAAGCCAAAAGCUGUGUUUAUAAGAAACAAAUCUAUCAUUAAGAAGUUUUAAACUUCAAACUUUUGCUUCUGACUAAAAUGCAAGUCCAUAAUCCAAUAAAAAAUUAACCUUGUCUGACCCAGGAGAGAAAUCUGCACAGAUCAAGCUCUGUUUACAAGCAAAAAUAGUUUCUAAAACAAGUAUGUCAGUGGAUUUUCCACUGGAGGAAGUGUUAUUAUGGAUUAAGGUCUUGUAUUCUAGCCAAAAGCAAUGGUUUGUUGUUAAUAAAGUCUUAAUUAUGGAUUUGUUUCUUAGAAACACACAGAUUUGUGGUUUCAUAAGAUGUUAACUGAUGGACUGGAGUGGAUUACUUGUGGAUUAUUGUGAUGUUUUUAUCAGCUGUUUGGACUCUCAUUCUGACGGCACCCAUUCACUACAGAGGAUCCACUGUUUAGCAAGUAACAUCAUGCUAUAUUUCUCCAAAUCGGGCUAAGAAACAAACUCAUCUGCAUCUUUGAUGGCAUGAGGGUGACUAAAUUUUCUGCACAAUUUCAUUAUUAGAUGAACUAUUGCUGUGAACACAUCCUGCAUGUCUCUCUCUCGUUCUCGUUUCCGCCCAGCUGCCUGCCGACAUGUAGCAUGUGUGUUGCGUUACAUACGGGCCCGGAAUGUGUCAUAAUCAGUGGACGAGGGCUGUUCUAUCGUGUUCGUUUACUAGUGAGUCACAGAGUGAGAACAAAGGGAGAGACAGAGACAGAGGAGUCAAAUGUACAUUAGGUUUUUUUGGUUUCUUUUUCUUUUUUUGUACCAUGUUUUAAUUUAUUAAAUACAUCUGAGAUGGCA